AUGUUGCGUUUGUCGCAGCCGCCUGCGUUGACAAAACGAACACGUCCGAAGUCGAUAUCUCCGGUGAUGGAUCAAACCUCUGUUAUUUACGAUCAAUCACGGCGUAAACGUAAUAAGAAUAAACCUUCUUCACCGCAACCACCGUCUCAAUCAUCGGUGCAGAAAUGGAGAUCGGAGAAGCACCAGCAGAUCUCCUCUACUAAUAUCAUUCAAUCUUUAAAGGAGCUCCGGAUUAGCUCAGCCGCCAAGUCGCCGUCCUCUACGUCUCCUCGAGGUGGAGGUGGUGUAGCCGUACGAGAUGCUGCUUAUAGAUCGUUAGCGGUUAUGGCGAGAAGAAGAGGUUCUUGA